AUGGAGAAAGCAGCACGUGUUGUGCAGCUGCAAAGCACUGCCGGGGCUCUCAGUUUCGAGCUCUAUAGCAACUUCUGCGCCGACUCGUUCUGGCAGCUGGCGAGCAGUGGGCAGCUGCGCCGGCUAGUGUUCCGCCAGCUGUUGUGUGGGUUUGCGCUUCUUGGUGAGGUAGAAGCGGUACAGGGCCACUCGACGACUGCAAGCGAAGUGGAUGCUGCUGCGGAAAGCCCCGAUGGACUCUCGCUGCUGCAUGUUGGUGCAGGUUUGCUGACCUGCAGCCCGACUGUCGGCGCAGUGACAGCCAGUCGCUUUCUAAUUACUCUCUCUCCACAGCCGCAGCUGGACAAAACCCACGUUAUCUUCGGCCGUGUCUACUCGGGCAUUCAAACGCUGGAGCGGAUGUCCCACAUGCAGGUGGACGCCGACUUCGUCUUGUACUCGCCUGUCACUGUCAUCAAGUGGAGCUCUGCAGCGCUUUUGAGGGGCAGCGCACCGCGAAGCUCCGCGUGCAAAGGGGAGUCGGAGCCAUACACUGUCACGCUGCAGUCUCGUUCGAGCAUUUUGGCAACGCUGGAGUAG